UGCUAAACUGAAGAUUAAGCCAUAGACUACGACAACGCAAAGCAUCACUUCCUUGUUAUUCCAUCAAAGAUAAACAAAAUUGCUAACCAAUCGCGGACAGAACGAGAGAGAAAGUGACUUUGAUGUCCUUUGUGACAAAAAAGGACAAGAUGCGAGUGUAGUCGCACAUUAAUGCGUACUCAAAUGGUUGUAUCCACAAGAAACGUCUUGCUCAAAGUCCGUUGUUAUAACUAGACUAAAAAAUGUCGAAGACUGUCAAUGAUUGGGAGGACCGGAUUGAGUUCCGACUGCCCAAAGGCCUAGAGGACGAGGACCUUAUGUUGGACUUUGUCAAUCAACAUUUCAUCCCUUUGGAGCCGUUGAAUGUGGCGAUCAAUCUCUGUGAACCCGGUUACCGUAUGUUAUGGUUCGAUAACUUUGUUCGUGCCUACAUUCGGGAGAAUCUAUCUUUAAUGGCGUUCGACACAAUAACUAACGACCUUGUUGGCGUUGCCAUUUGCACCGAAUGCAGACCCGAAUCCGACGAUAAAGAGGAAUCCAAUGUCGACGAAAAGAAGGAUGAAAACGUGCGUUGGGGCCAACGCCCUCGGAAGUUCGGCAAGAUUCUCGAACUUCUUCAGGAACUGACCGGGUCCGUGGAUCUGUUUGCCAAGUAUGAAGUGGACCGAUAUGCUGAGUUCUUCAUCUUGUGUACACACUCGGGCAUUCGAUAUCCUGGGUUGGGUACUAGAUUGUCCUACAAAAUCAUGGAUGUGGUCAAAGCCAAAGGGUUCAAUGUCAUGGUGACGGAGGCUACGAGUUAUUUCUCGCAAAAGAUCUUUGCUCGUAUUGGUUUCGACACCCUGAGCGAGAUUAAGUACGACAAAUACAAACCAGAAGGAGAGGUCCUUUUCCCUCAACACAACAACCACGAGGCUAUAAAAUUGAUGGUCAAAAAAUUGUAAAAUGAGUCAGCCAUGCAUCGAAGUGUCAAAAUUUGUAAUGUUAAAUAUAAUUAUAAUACUCAGUCGUCUUCUAACAAUUCUGAUCCUUUGUCAAAAUAACGAUUUUACAUGUAAAAAAGAAAUAAGUCAGAAAUAAAUGCCAGCUUUUUCA